GGGGGGCGGGGACACCGGAGGCGACACUAUUGUUGAUGAGGAGCCGCGGCGGCGGCUGUACCACCUCGUCGCUGGCCGCCGCUGCCCGCGCGCCCCCCGUCCUCGAAGUCAGGCUUCGUCAGCCGCCGGCUCAGGCCUUCCCUCGGGCCCCGCGCAGCCGGGCUCCGCCGCCCAGCACCCUCCCUACGGCGCUCGCGGGCCGCUUUCUCCGGGGCGGGGGGGGACCAUGUCCCAGCGGGUGAGGCGCAAUGGGUCUCCCACGCCCGCGGGCACCCUCGCGGGUGGCGCGGUCGGCCCGGCCGGGGGCCCCGGGAGCCGCCUGCAGCCCAUGAGGGCGACCGUGCCGUUCCAGUUGAAGCAGCAGCAGCAACAUGGCAGCCCCACGCGGGGUGGUGGCGGCGGCUUUUUCGGCGGCAACAACGGCGGCGGCGGCGGAGGCGCUUCAGGCCCCUCGGGUGGCGGCAGCGGCGGCGGCCUGCGCACCGCCUCGCGCAGCAUCAGCCCCACGCGCGGCGGCAGCGGGAGCGCGGCCGCGCGCACCAGCCCCACCGUGGCCACGCAGACGGGCGCGUCCGCGACGUCCACGCGCGGUACCAGCCCCACGCGCGGCACGGCGCCUGCGGCCCGAAGCAGCCCUCCGCGACCGCAGCCGCCGCCGCCCCUGCUGGGCACCGUGUCGUCGCCCAGCUCGUCGCCCACCCACCUGUGGCCCGGCGGCGAGGUGAGUGCGGCCCCACCCCCCGCCCGCGUCCGCCACCGGAGGAGGUCCCCCGAGCAGGGCCGGCCCUCGGCGGAGAAGAGAAGCCCCAGCGCCCCGGUGUGCAAAGCAGGUGACAAAACUCGCCCACCUUCCUCAAGCCCCUCCAGUAUUAUCCGGCGCACUUCCUCCCUGGAUACGCUUGCAGCUCCUUAUCUUGCUGGGCACUGGCCCCGAGAUAGUCGUGGGCAAGCAGCACCCUGCAUGAGGGACAAAGCCACACAGACCGAGAGUGCGUGGGCUGAAGAAUAUGAGAAGAAGAAAGGGUCUCAUAAGCGCUCAGCGUCCUGGGGCAGCACAGAGCAGCUUAAAGAGAUUGCAAAAUUACGCCAGCAAUUGCAGAGAAGCAAACACAGCAGUCGUCAUCAUCGAGAUAAAGAGAGGCAGUCUCCAUUCCACGGCAACCAUGCAGCUAUUAACCAGAGCCAGGCUCCUGCUCCAAAGAGCACUCUUACUCCCGCCGGCCCCAUCACCAAGUCGACAGGCUCUCGGUUCCGGAACAGUGUGGAAGGACUGAACCAGGAGAUCGAGAUCAUAAUUAAGGAAACCGGGGAGAAGGAAGAGCAGCUUGUCCCCCAAGACAUCCCCGACGGUCACCGAGCUCCUCCGCCCCUCGCCCAGAGGAGCAGCAGCACUCGCAGUAUUGACACCCAGACCCCGGGGGGUGCAGACAAGGGGAGCAACAACAGCAGCCGCUCGCAGUCUGUGUCCCCCACAUCCUUCCUUACCAUCUCUAAUGAGGGCAGCGAGGAGAGCCCCUGCUCCGCUGAUGACCUGCUUGCUGAUCCCAGGGAUAAAGAGAAUGGAAACAACUCUCCUUUGCCAAAAUAUGCAACCUCACCAAAACCUAAUAACAGUUACAUGUUCAAAAGGGAACCUCCAGAGGGCUGUGAAAGGGUCAAAGUCUUUGAGGAGUGCUCGCCAAAACAACUUCAUGAAAUUCCAGCCUUUUACUGUCCUGACAAAAACAAGGUGAAUUUCAUUCCUAAGAGUGGCUCUGCUUUCUGCCUGGUGAGCAUCCUCAAGCCGCUUCUUCCCACUCCAGAUCUUACCCUCAAGGGCUCUGGCCACAGCCUGACAGUCACCACCGGCAUGACGACCACUCUGCUUCAGCCCAUCUCCAUGGCCUCCCUGUCAGCAAAUACAGAGCAGGACAGGGUGUCUCGAGGAACCAGUACAUUCCUGCCCUCGGCCUCCCUCCAUGCACCCCCAGAACCCAUUGAAGAAGCCGAAGGAUAGGUUCUGGGAACUGAGACCCCGCGGAUCACGUGACUGUGAUGGUGUUGUGUCCUCCCGGUUGGCUGUGAAGUGCUUUGCCUUUCCAGUGAUGUGUGACCACGAGGCCACUGGAGAACUCGUCCCCUGUGAGUGCUCUGCCCCACGCAUGAAGGCCGCCGACAGUACUUGCCUCUGUUCUGGAAGCACUGGCUGAAACAUGGAAGGAACAGAUCACAUUUUCAUUUGUUUUCAAAUUAGACUUGUUUAAAAACAAAACAGACAUAAAACCUAAUCCCUGCAAACACGGUUUCUGAAGGGAGAUGUGGUUGAUGCUGCAAGAAAACCAUCUUUUAUAUGAAAAUGACUAUUUUAUAAUACCAGUGUCAGUGUCUGAGCAUCAAACAGGAUGUUCAAAGGAUUCUUUGGUGGCCUCUGUUUCUUCUUUCCCUUUUCUAGAUGUUGCUUUUCUCGGCUGUUUUCAGCGUUGGGACCAAAGGGAUUGUUGACGUUUCCCCAGCAAUGUCAAUCUCUUGACUGUGUUCUUCCAAAUAAGAAUCGAUAGGUAAAUGCAUUGAACCAAGUAUAUAUAAAAAGAUAAAAAGCAAUAUUCGUACAUUAUGUGAUUUAUGUUUUUUGAUGUCAGAAGUUUGUGCUUUGGGUGAAGUAUUUGUGAAACUGCUGUUUUCUGCACUGUCCUGCUCACAUCCCCGUGUGUGGUCAGCGAAGUGAGUCUGAAGACAGAUGCUUUAACAUGAGUCAGUGAGCCAAAAGAAACUGAAGUGUGGAUCGUUAGCUAGGAGUGUGGCGCUCUCUGGUCUUCUGUGAACUGUGUGUCACGUGGUUCCCUCCUUUGCCGGGUGUCACUACCUUGAAUCAUCCCUGUAUCAUAGCCCCAAGAGACCCUGAAAUGGCUGUGCAUGGAUUUCCUCCUCUGCUUUCGUGGUGGUGUUGUCUUGUGGAUUUGGUCAGGGUUAGUAGUUUGCCGGGAGUAAUCCAUUGAGUAGCAUUGGUAGCCGAAGAAUCCUGAGGACUGACUUUUUCUCUAUGGUGGUUGGCACUGAGAUUUGUUUGCCUACACAUUUUGCCAGUCUCUUCUCCGACAUUCUACACACCGGAGGAAUAGACAAGAGGUUUAGCGCUUAAACAGCGGGUACCUUUGGGAAAUUUUACACAGUUUGGAUUUAGGCUCCUCUAAUAACCAUUGCCAGUGUCCUAUGACAGUAUUUAAUUUCUGGGGUGUGGUAAUAAAAUGAAGGAGUCGCUCUUUGGAAGUGAAUCCUGUCAGUGUUGGUGAGGCACGGUUUGAACACCGUCACACACUACAAAGUUUUAAAGCCUGCAAGAGUGGACUGCCACGUGGAAGGCUAAUUCCACACACCGGUCCAGAGUUUCCAGAAAGACCUCGAGGUACUAGCUGUGCAUUUCCUGCCUCAGAACGCCUGGCACUUUGACUAGUCUCUCCUUAAUUUUAAAUGAGGACAUUUUAGGUUAAUCAGAUAACCUUGAGCAUCUAUGUGAGUCCAUCAAUUUUUGGUUACGAAGACUGAUAAAUUUUGUUACUUUUGCCACCCAAAACUUAACUUUCUGGGCAUAGCAAAUCGUAGUUUCUAAGUCAGAACCUCAGUUGUUUGGGGUGUAGACUUUUCGGUUGGUUGGGUUUUGUUUGUUUUGUCAUGCCUGUUGACUUUACUAUUUUAUCAGUAUCAGAAGUACAGAAGAAAGGCUCAUGGCAGUCAGUUGAGUUGAUCUGAAGGGAGAAUGAGGUGUUUAAAAGCAAGAGCUUUGUUUGUUUUAUGUAGCCCUAGCUAGUCUGGAACUUGCUACGUGGACCAGGUUGACCACCAACCUCUCUGCCUCCCGAGUGCUGGGAUUCGAGGUGUGUGCCACCACGCCCUGCUUGUCAUCUUUCUGAUGACACUUGAAUUCUAUUACAUUGUUUUAUUAUUUUGUUGUUGUGCACCACCACUGUCUCGGUUUUCAGAGUGUUAGUGUGUAAUCGAUUUCUCCCUCUGUGCCGUGCUUGUUGGGCAGGCGAGCCCUGCGGUCAUGCGUGCCCUCACGGAACACAGUGGGCACAAGUCUCGGGUCAGUCUGCUCUUGGAACUCUGAAGUUUGGCUGGAAGAAUAUUGUGAAUUUACAAGUAAAUGAAUUGUACGGCAACCAAACACUUUGAGUUUUAGAGAAAUAGAACCUGAGACCUGAAGAAAAAGAAAGGUCUAGGUCCCCCAAAAAACUCUGAACUGCCAGGGCCAAAGGGCUAAUUUUUAAGCAUAUGAGCUUUAUUGAAGUCUUAAAAUAUGUUAACCGUAGGUCCACCUAGCUAUUUUAUUUAAUUCUUAAUUUCCAGGUGGUUGGUCUUAAAAAUGGGUCUACUCUCCAUAGAGGGGGUGUGAUUCUGUUCACAGACCCUACUCCAUCAUGAGGGUUAUUCUGUAGAAACUGUACAGCCGUAGAGUAGCGUCAGUGGAAAUACAGUUUUUUCCAGUGCUGGGGAUUAAACCCAGGGCCUCGUGCAUGCCAAGCAAAUGCCGUCACUGGCUUAUGUCCCCAGUCCCUAAUUUAAAUUUUUUACUAAAGUUUACUUCCAUUGCAGUAAAAGUGGGUGGCAUGUAUUCUCCCCCCUUUGGCCAAAGGAGCUGUUCCCUAGUUAUUUGUCUGUCUGUCUACCCACCCUCAAGCAGUUUCUGCCCUGCCAUGAUAACACAGGUUUACUGCCUCUGAGGUAGUAAGUCCGUUACUUACCAUUGCUUUAUGGGCAGUCGUGUUUAUAGAAAUAAUAUUUCUGCUUUCUUGGGUUAAAUAUGACGUGAAUGUCAAAAUUCUUCCUAGACCAGAUUCUUCCUUUCGUUUACUGUGUUUCUUAGACCCUAGGACCAUAGCCAGACCUGCCUCUGAGAAGACGCUGUUGCUCACUGGGGUGAAUCUGGCAACAGGGAAAGGCUGCUUGUCUUAUUUUUUAUUGUUUAUGUUUUGAUUAAAGAAACAGUUGGCUUUUCCUAAAAGUUGUUCUAAAAGAAAAUGGCAGAAUGUAUAGCUGUCUCUGGGAUUAGAACUGAGGCGCUAAGGUUUUCCUUCAAGGAAACUAAAUUCAAAUUGUCAUUACUAAAUUUGUAAAGUUGAGAUUCAUUCCUUAAUGUUGGGUGUGGGGCGUGUCAAAACUGGACCAAUGGAAGUGCUGAAUUUGUGAAACAAAGCCAAGAUACGUAACUGCACUUUAAGGUUUCUGGGUAACUCUGCCUUCAUUCGCGACCCGCAGAGCGGCUCUGAACAGUAUUUUGUUUAUACAGUCCUGUUGGAGAUAUAUAAUUUAUGUUUUUUAAACUCUGCAUCUUUGUCUCUGUUGAUGUAAAUCUUUUUUAAUGCAAUUUUUUAAAGUUAUAACAAAAUUCUCCCCCGAAAACAGCAUUUCCAGCUAUAAUAAGUAUUGUUGUGGACUGUGUCCCUGCAGCUGAGCACUUCCUGCUGCCUCACAGGGGAUAGAACUCCUCCUAUGUCCAAAUAAAGUCUGUUGUUCUUGA